UGGGAGCCCGACGACGACAGACGAACGGGACCUCGUCACACACGGUUGCGCGCGCCGACCCCGCCCCGUCGCUUGAAAAGCCGGCGUCGACGCCGCACCUCCGCUCGACGCGGUCGCGGACGUUCCCGGGCGACCAUGAAGACACCCGCGACGCGCCAAGCCGACGCGGACGACUUGGACGACGCGCUGUGCGAGUUCGACGCCGUCGUGGAAGACUUCGCGUCCCCGCUGGAGAAGCGCCACUUUCGCUACGACGAUCACCUGCGCACCGCCAAGAGGCGCGACGGCGCCCGCGACGGCGAAAGCGCCGACUGGCCCGACCCGAACAGUCCGGACCCGAGCGCCGAGAGGCUCAGCUCGCCCGCGAGCCCCGCCCCCUGCUCGCCGUCGCCGACGUCUCCGAAAGCCAAACUGGGCGACACCAAAGAACUGGAGGACCUCAUCGCAGACCUGGACAAGACAUUGGAGAGCAUGUGACGUGGGAGUCUGGCGGCCAUCUUGGAUCGAAACAGAGACCGAGGAGGAGUCUGCCCCCCCCCCCCCCCCAAAAAAAAAAAAGCGGCACCUGCCCCCUGACCGAAC